AGGCUCCGGAGACAAGGGAGUAGGCGGUGGUGCGCCAGGGGCGGGCUCUCCCAGCCUCGCCACUAAUCCAGGCGCUCGCCGGGGACGGGAGGGGCGGGGCUGACGUGGGGCGCCAAGGCUUAAACGUGACGGACAGGCGGGCGCAGGGAGGAGUCCAGAGCCUAGGGGCGAGGAGUGACGGAGAACACUGCCCAAUAACGGGAGGGGUUGGGCUGUCUGGACCAAUAGGAAGUCCGUAAGGCGGGGCCGGGACUGCAGCAAGUUCAGUUGCACGGAGACCGCAGCUGUUCUCUGUCAGUGGAGGCAGCAGCGGUAGAGGCGGCGGCGAGGACUGGCGGCGGCGAGGAGAUGGAGAAACUGACUAAAGCGCCUCGCGCGAGGUCCCUGAGGGUUCGAACCCAAGUCUGUCAGGAUCGGGAGCCCAAGUUGUCCCCAUCGUACUGGAUGUGGCUCAGCUCUGGAUGUGCAGGAAGCCGCGGCGUGUAAGGCGAGGGCUUUCCUUGUUCUUUGCGCUCGCACUCCGCCUCCCGUAGGAUCCUCUACUUUGUUUCAGACGGGGAAGCUCCAGGCGCCCAGACGCAGUGAUUCGCCCAAGGCCGCUCAUUCAGGAGAUAGUGUCUGCCUUCUGGAGAGCUGACCAAACACUAAGGAUGCUGAAGUUCCGAACAGUCCAUGGGGGCCUGAGGCUCCUGGGAAUCCGCCGAACCUCCACCGCCCCCGCUGCCUCCCCAAAUGUCCGGCGCCUGGAGUAUAAGCCCAUCAAGAAAGUCAUGGUGGCCAACAGAGGUGAGAUUGCCAUCCGUGUGUUCCGGGCCUGCACGGAGCUGGGCAUCCGCACCGUAGCCAUCUACUCUGAGCAGGACACAGGCCAGAUGCACCGGCAGAAAGCAGAUGAAGCCUAUCUCAUCGGCCGCGGCCUGGCCCCCGUGCAGGCCUACCUGCACAUCCCAGACAUCAUCAAGGUGGCCAAGGAGAACAACGUAGAUGCAGUACACCCUGGCUACGGGUUCCUCUCUGAGCGAGCGGACUUUGCCCAGGCCUGCCAGGAUGCAGGGGUCCGGUUUAUUGGGCCAAGCCCAGAAGUGGUCCGCAAGAUGGGAGACAAGGUGGAGGCCCGGGCCAUCGCCAUUGCUGCGGGCGUUCCCGUCGUCCCUGGCACAGACGCCCCCAUCACGUCCCUGCGUGAGGCCCACGAGUUCUCCAACACCUACGGCUUCCCCAUUAUCUUCAAGGCGGCCUAUGGGGGUGGAGGGCGUGGCAUGAGGGUGGUGCACAGCUACGAGGAGCUGGAGGAGAAUUACACCCGGGCCUACUCAGAGGCUCUGGCCGCCUUUGGGAACGGGGCGCUGUUCGUGGAGAAGUUCAUCGAGAAGCCGCGACACAUCGAGGUGCAGAUCUUGGGGGACCAGUAUGGGAACAUCCUGCACCUGUACGAGCGAGACUGCUCCAUCCAGCGGCGGCACCAGAAGGUGGUCGAGAUUGCCCCCGCCGCCCACCUGGACCCGCAGCUUCGGACUCGGCUCACCAGCGACUCUGUGAAACUCGCUAAGCAGGUGGGCUACGAGAACGCAGGCACCGUGGAGUUCCUGGUGGACAGGCACGGCAAGCACUACUUCAUCGAGGUCAACUCCCGCCUGCAGGUGGAGCACACGGUCACGGAGGAGAUCACCGACGUAGACCUGGUCCAUGCUCAGAUCCACGUGGCUGAGGGCAGGAGCCUACCCGACCUGGGCCUGCGGCAGGAGAACAUCCGCAUCAACGGGUGUGCCAUCCAGUGCCGGGUCACCACCGAGGACCCCGCGCGCAGCUUCCAGCCGGACACCGGCCGCAUUGAGGUGUUCCGGAGCGGAGAGGGCAUGGGCAUCCGCCUGGAUAAUGCUUCCGCCUUCCAAGGAGCCGUCAUCUCGCCCCACUACGACUCCCUGCUGGUCAAAGUCAUUGCCCACGGCAAAGACCACCCCACGGCCGCCACCAAGAUGAGCAGGGCCCUUGCGGAGUUCCGCGUCCGAGGUGUGAAGACCAACAUCGCCUUCCUGCAGAAUGUGCUCAACAACCAGCAGUUCCUGGCAGGCACUGUGGACACCCAGUUCAUCGACGAGAACCCAGAGCUGUUCCAGCUGCGGCCUGCGCAGAACCGGGCCCAAAAGCUGUUGCACUACCUCGGCCAUGUCAUGGUAAACGGUCCAACCACCCCGAUUCCCGUCAAGGCCAGCCCCAGCCCCACGGACCCCAUUGUCCCUGCAGUGCCCAUAGGCCCGCCCCCGGCUGGUUUCAGAGACAUCCUGCUGCGAGAGGGGCCUGAGGGCUUUGCUCGAGCUGUGCGGAACCACCCGGGGCUGCUGCUGAUGGACACGACCUUCAGGGACGCCCACCAGUCACUGCUGGCCACUCGUGUGCGCACCCACGAUCUCAAAAAGAUCGCCCCCUAUGUUGCCCACAACUUCAGCAAGCUCUUCAGCAUGGAGAACUGGGGAGGAGCCACGUUUGACGUCGCCAUGCGCUUCCUGUAUGAGUGCCCCUGGCGGCGGCUGCAGGAGCUCCGGGAGCUCAUCCCCAACAUCCCUUUCCAGAUGCUGCUGCGGGGGGCCAAUGCUGUGGGCUACACCAACUACCCAGACAACGUGGUCUUCAAGUUCUGUGAAGUGGCCAAAGAGAAUGGCAUGGAUGUCUUCCGCGUGUUUGACUCCCUCAACUACUUGCCCAACAUGCUGCUGGGCAUGGAGGCGGCAGGAAGUGCCGGAGGCGUGGUGGAGGCUGCCAUCUCAUACACGGGUGACGUGGCCGACCCCAGCCGCACCAAGUACUCACUGCAGUACUACAUGGGCUUGGCCGAAGAGCUGGUGCGAGCUGGCACCCACAUCCUGUGCAUCAAGGACAUGGCCGGGCUGCUGAAGCCCACAGCCUGCACCAUGCUGGUCAGCUCCCUCCGGGACCGCUUCCCUGACCUCCCACUGCACAUCCACACCCACGACACGUCAGGGGCAGGCGUGGCAGCCAUGCUGGCCUGUGCCCAGGCUGGAGCUGAUGUGGUGGAUGUGGCAGCCGAUUCCAUGUCUGGGAUGACUUCACAGCCCAGCAUGGGGGCCCUGGUGGCCUGUACCAGAGGGACUCCCCUGGACACAGAGGUGCCCAUGGAGCGCGUGUUUGACUACAGUGAGUACUGGGAGGGGGCUCGGGGACUGUACGCGGCCUUCGACUGCACGGCCACCAUGAAGUCUGGCAACUCGGACGUGUAUGAAAAUGAGAUCCCAGGGGGCCAGUACACCAACCUGCACUUCCAGGCCCACAGCAUGGGGCUCGGCUCCAAGUUCAAGGAGGUCAAGAAGGCCUACGUGGAGGCCAACCAGAUGCUGGGCGAUCUCAUCAAGGUGACGCCCUCCUCCAAGAUCGUGGGGGACCUGGCCCAGUUUAUGGUGCAGAACGGAUUGAGCCGGGCAGAGGCCGAAGCUCAGGCGGAAGAGCUGUCCUUUCCGCGCUCCGUGGUGGAGUUCCUGCAGGGCUAUAUCGGUGUCCCCCAUGGGGGGUUCCCCGAACCCUUUCGCUCUAAGGUACUGAAGGACCUGCCGAGGGUGGAGGGGCGGCCUGGAGCCUCCCUCCCUCCCCUGGAUCUGCAGGUGCUGGAGAAGGAGCUGGUAGACCGGCAUGGGGAGGAGGUGACGCCUGAAGAUGUGCUCUCAGCAGCUAUGUACCCCGAUGUGUUUGCCCACUUCAAGGACUUCACUGCCACCUUUGGCCCCCUGGAUAGCCUGAAUACUCGCCUCUUCCUGCAGGGACCCAAGAUCGCAGAGGAGUUUGAGGUGGAGCUGGAGCGGGGCAAGACGCUGCACAUCAAAGCCCUGGCCGUGAGCGACCUGAACCGGGCCGGCCAGAGGCAGGUCUUCUUUGAGCUCAAUGGGCAGCUGCGGUCCAUCUUGGUCAAGGACACCCAGGCCAUGAAGGAGAUGCACUUCCACCCCAAGGCCCUAAAGGACGUGAAGGGCCAGAUCGGGGCGCCCAUGCCUGGGAAGGUGAUAGACAUCAAAGUGGUGGCAGGGGCCAAGGUGGCCAAGGGCCAGCCCCUGUGUGUGCUCAGUGCCAUGAAGAUGGAGACUGUGGUGACGUCACCCAUGGAGGGUACUGUCCGCAAAGUUCAUGUGACCAAGGACAUGACACUGGAAGGUGACGACCUCAUCCUGGAGAUCGAGUGAUCUUGCCCCAGACCGGCAGCCUGGCCAUCCCCAAGCCUUCAACAGAAGCUGUGCUGCCACGGCAGGCCCAGGCCAGCCAGUGCCUGAGGCCAGGAAGGCCGGGCCGUGGAGGUCCUGUCCACAGCUGGACAGGAGAGACACCGCCUGUGGCGGUUCAUUCCUUUCAGCCAUCGUCCUUUCCUCUGGCGGACAGCUGCAUACAUGUUCAUCUCUUGCCAAAUAAGGGUCCCCUCCUCACUGGAGACUACAAGUGGUGGGUCAGGUGGUCCUAGGACCCAGGGGAGGUUUAGGGGUCCUAUCUCCUGGGGGAAGGGGAGAUCUAAGAUGUCCCAGGUCCUGGGAAGUUUACUCAAUAAAGCUGGCUUUCCCCUGCC